ACCACCUCGCUACCUCUCUCUCUCUCUCUCUUCUGAGCCUAAGUACAAUUUUUGUGUUGAGUGUUCAUUGGGAGAGAGUGAAGAUUUAACCUCAACAAAUUUACACUGAUCCACCACUAUGAUCUCAAUCUCUUCCUCUGAGUUGAACUACUUAGUCUUCCGUUAUCUUCACGAAUCUGGUUUUACCCAUUCAGCAUUUGCAUUUGGGUAUGAAGCAGGAAUCGAUAAAACAAUAAUUGAUGUAAACAUGGUCCCUCCUGGUGCUCUUGUUACGUUCAUACAGAAGGGAAUUCAAUAUCUUGAGCUGGAAGCAAACUUGAGUGGUAGCGAUGCAGACAUGGAUGAGGAUUUUUCAUUCAUCCAGCCUCUUGAUCUUAUCACAAAGGACCCAUAUGAACUGCACAGUAUAGUAAAGGCCAAAAAGGAAAACCAACGUCAAAAUAAGCAUGAAUCAAACAAAAUAACAAAUGACUUAAUUCAGGACAAUGCUCGGGAGCACGUUCAAGAAUUGGAAAAAGAGAAGAAAGAAAGGGAAAAUGAACAAGGUGUGGAGAAAAUGAAGCUAGAUAAGGAAAGAGAACAAGAAAAGUGUGAACAGAAAGAACUACAACACCAAGAUCAGAACCAUGCUGAGAAUCAUGAAGACAAGACUACAGUUGAAAAUCUAGAAAGUAAAGCACGAGGAGGGCCUGAGCCCAUGGAGAUCUCCCAAAGUUCCAUUUCACUGCAUAAUGAAAUUCCAUCUUCUGAUGUGAAAAUUUUGGAAGGCCAUACAUCGGAGGUUUUUGCUUGUGCAUGGAAUCCAUCUGGUUCUCUUCUCGCAUCCGGAUCUGGUGAUUCAACGGCUCGAAUUUGGAAAAUACCUGAUGGACCUUGUAACUCUUGCAUGCAUGAUGAACCAGUAAAUGUUGUGGUGCUGAGGCAUUUUAAAGGAAGAACCAAUGAAAAAAGCAAGGAUGUGACAACACUUGACUGGAAUGCAGAUGGUACAUUAUUGGCAACUGGUUCCUAUGAUGGGCAAGCAAGAAUAUGGACUAAAGAUGGAGAGUUGAAGAGUACGCUAAACAAGCAUAAAGGUCCAAUAUUUUCCCUGAAGUGGAACAAGAAGGGGGAUUAUCUUCUUAGUGGAAGUGUAGAUAAAACUGCUAUUGUAUGGGACAUAAAGACUGGGGAAUGGAAACAACAAUUUGAAUUUCACUCAGCCCCCACUCUUGACGUUGAUUGGCGGAACAGUGUUUCAUUUGCAACAUGCUCCACUGAUAAUAUGAUAUAUGUAUGCAAAGUUGGAGAGAAUAGACCAAUCAAAACUUUUGCAGGGCAUCAGGGUGAAGUUAAUGCCAUUAAAUGGGAUCCAUCGGGUACUUUGCUGGCGUCCUGCUCUGACGAUCACACUGCAAAAAUAUGGAGUCUGAAACAGGACAAGCUUAUACAUGAUUUGAAGGAACACGUCAAGGAGAUAUAUACAAUCCGGUGGAGCCCUGCAGGCUCUGGUUCUAGCAGUCCCAAUCAACAAUUAACACUAGCAAGUGCCUCUUUCGACUCUACGGUAAAGCUCUGGGAUGUGGAACUAGGGAAAGUACUGUACAGCCUAAAUGGUCACAGGGAUCCUGUAUAUUCGAUUGCAUUCAGCCCAAAUGGUGAGUAUCUUGCUAGUGGAUCGAUGGAUAAAUGCAUGCAUAUAUGGUCGGUCAAGGAGGGAAAAAUUGUGAAAACAUAUGCUGGCAAUGGUGGGAUCUUUGAAAUUAGUUGGAACAAGGACGGGGAUAAAGUUGCUGCUUGCUUUUCAAACAAUAUAGUUACUGUCUUGGAUUUCCGAAUGUAGAGAUUAAUGCUAACUUGCUACUAAUUAUUCAGUAGUAUAUUUAUUCCCCUGUACUAUUACUUCCUGUUGCACAUGGUUUAGUAAUUUAGUUGGCUCAGUUCAUCCACUAUAAGUAGAAUUAGAAUAACUAGUUUCCAUCGUAGCUUUUGCCUCGUUAAAUGCUUUUUGGCACGCCCAGAAUGUUGUAUAUGGUUUCUUUAUUUUGUGUUACAAACAAUUACCAAGUGCGUUUAAAUGGUACUUACAAAUUCUCUUUUUUGGA